CGUGCCGCUGCUCGGCCGCACAUCUUCUUGCCUCAGCCGCCGCCGCACGGCACGCGACGCUCUCUCGCUCUCUCGCUUGCCGUCGUCUCCGCAGCAGCGCAACACUUGCCACGCCUGCCUCUCUCCUCCCUCCCACCGCCGCCGCUCCCUCCACGCUCCUCGCCGCUGCGAGCGCACGGCGUCCACCCUCUCUCACUUGCCUGCUCUCCGUGCUGCCCGUCUCGCCACCACCGCUCCUUUCCCUUUCUGCGCCGCUUCUUCUUCCUGCCGGGCCCGUCCGCGCCCUGCCGCGCUCGCGUGCCCGCGUGUCCGUGCCGUCUGCUCUGCUCUUCUCGCCGCCGCCGCGUCCUCGUUUCUCCCUCUCCCUCCUCGCUGGCCUCCUCAACGAGGCCCAGCGCUCCUCGCCAUGCCCUCGACGCUCUCGCUGCCGCGCGCCAUGCUGCGCGGCCUCGCCGAGCGCGCGUCGCGCAGCCCCAUCGAGGUCAUCAUCAGCAUCUUCAUCCUCGUCACCCUCGCCUACUUCCAGCUGCUGCACGCCAUCACCACCAGCCACUUCUUCGACCCGCUCAGCAGCGAGGCCGCCGGCUUUUCGGCCGACGGCGCCUGGCCCGCCAGCCUGCUCUCGCCUGCCGCGCCGGCAGACGAGGCCGACAUGCACGUCACCAGCCUCGUGCGCCGCGCCGGCUGGCGCAACCUCUGGGAGCCCGUGACGCCGCUCGACGAGGAGGCGCUCGCCGGCGCGCGCAGCUUCACCGUCGAGCCUGUGCUGCUCGCCGACUCGGAGGAGGGCGGCGAUGCGACGGCCACGCGCCGCCUGCGCGACUCGGCGCUGCCGCACGUUGCGCGCGCGCUGCAGAGCCGCCUGCUGCCGCGGGAAGAGCCCGCGUGGCUCGUCCGCGACGACGCAGCAGACCUGACGGCGUAUGCGUUCGGCCGCGUGAGCGCCGACGGUGACGCCGCGCUGCACAAGCAGCUGCUCGCCGCGGGCGAGGACGAGGCGCUGCUGGCGGCGACACUCGAGCAGGGCCAGCGCGCCAUGCCCGCUGCCAAGCCGUCUGCGCUUGCCGACGCCGAGAUGCAGCUGCACCUGCUGCCCAUCCUCAGUGCCGCCGACGAGGAGCUCGCGGGCCUCUCGCCGCGCCGCCGCGCCAGCGCCACGACGGAGGAGCUGCGCAGCCUGCGCUGGGCCGCGUACGCCGUGCGCGCCCUCGUCGUGCGCUUCUGGGCGCUCAUCCGCAAGGCCGACAGCGCCGACAUCUUCGUCAUGCUCUCGGCCUACCUGCUGAUGCACGGCACGUUCAUCAACCUCUUCCUGAGCAUGCGCAAAUUCGGCAGCCGCUUCUGGCUCGGCGCAUCGGUCCUCACUUCGUGCAUCUUUGGCUUCCUCUGCGCGCUGACGACGGCGUCGUUCCUCAACGUCACCGUCGACCCGAUCUGCCUCUCCGAGGCGCUGCCGUUCCUCGUCAUUACCGUCGGCUUCGAGAAGCAGUUCCUGCUCACGCGCGCCGUCUUUACGCACGCGUCGAUUGCGCCGGCGCAGCAGCCCGUUUCCAAGUCGAACAGCCACAUGUUCCUCAACGCCUUCAACGAUUCGCAGCCCAUGCCCGACGCGGCAGACGCGGCGCCCUCGAGCGAGCCGCCGGCGUCGCGCGAGGAGUCCUUUGUGCGCGCGCUGACGCUGCGCCUCAAGACGGAGCCGUCGCUGCGCCUCGACGCGCCGCAGCCGAUGCCGGCGCCGGACGUCGUGACCGAGGCCGUCGAGCGCGUGGGCCCGUCGAUUGUGCGCGACUAUGCCAUCGAGAUUGCCGUCAUGGCCGUGGGCUCAAUGAGCGGCGUCAGCGGGCUGCGCGAGUUCUGCCAGCUGGCCGCGCUGAUUCUCGUGUUCGACUGCGUCUUUCUGUUUGCCUUUUUCGUCGCCAUUCUCACGGUCAUGGUCGAGGUGCACCGCAUCAAGAUCAUGCGCGGCAUGCGCCGCCCGAAGAUCACCACGCCGCCGAACGUCGACUCGGACGACGUGUCCGCGCCGGACACUGCGCUGGCCACGCCCGUCUCGCUCCACUCGGCGCGCGACGAGAGCCCGGAGCGGCGCCCUGCUGCCACGCCGCGCCCGAUGUGGCGCCGCAUCGUCAAGCUGCUGCUCGGCAAGGUGCCGUUUGAGAAGAGCCGCAGCGGCCGCGAGAACCCCGUCGCGCGCCUCAAGCUCCUGCUCAUCACGGCGUUCCUCACGCUGCACUCGUUCAACCUCGUCUCGACGCUGACGACGCAGUCGGCCAUUACGCGGCACCACGCUACAAGCGCGCCGUCGCUCUACGACUCGGUGGCCUCUGCCUCGCAGCUGUUCGGCCCGAGCGCCACGUCGCCGGCCGUCGCGCACCUGCUCGAGCAGCUGGCCAAGACGCAGCCCGCCGAUGCCGACAUUGUCGCGCGCAUCGCCGACCCGCUCAUCUACGUGCUCGUCGACGGCGCGCCGGCGGCCUCGGCCGCGCGCACUGUGCUCGGCAGCGCCGCGCUCAACGCCUCGGGCGGCAGCGGCAACGGCUCGUCGACGGCCAAGUUCGUGGGCGCCCGGGGCGGCAAGAGCCGCGGCGCCUCGUCGCUCGCCGUGCUCGACUCGUUCAUGAGCGGCUGGUCGAUCAUCGUCGGCGACCCCGUCAUCAGCAAGUGGAUGUCGCUGGCGCUGGCGAUCAGCAUCUUCCUCAACGCGUACCUGCUCAAGGGCAUCGCUACGGGUGACGCCGCCGUCGCCGAGGGCAAUGCCGCCGGUGCUGCUGCCUUUGCUGCGGCGCGCAUGAUUGGCGCGCACCUCGACCGCGAGCGUGCGGAGAACAAGGGCAGUAAGCUGCCGCAGGAUCUCACCUCGUACCACCAGCGCAUCGCGGCGCAGUCGCAGGAGCGCAAGGGCGCCGUCGCGCAGACGGCCGUGCCCGCCAGCAGCAUCAAGCCCGACGCCGCACAGGCCGUGCGCGAGGACCCCGACGUGUCCAAGCCCGACAGCGCCGAGACGACGCCGUCGCUGCGCAGCGCCGCCUUUGCAAGCGAGGGCCGCGUCGAGCGGCGGCCGUUCGAGGAGUGCCUCGAGCUGUACGCCGGCGGCGCCGGCGUCUUCAUCCUCACCGACGAGGAGAUCAUCCUGCUCGCGCAGAAGGGCAAGAUUGCGCCGUACGGCCUCGAGAAGAUCCUGCAGGACAACGACCGCGCCGUGCGCAUCCGCCGCGCGCUCAUCUCGCGCGCGUCCGCGACGGGCACGCUCGAGUCGUCGCUGCUGCCGUUUGCCGACUACGACUACGCGCAGGUCAUUGGCGCGUGCUGCGAGAACGUCGUCGGCUACAUGCCGCUGCCCGUCGGCAUCGCCGGGCCGCUCAACGUCGACGGGCAGAUGCUGCCGAUCCCGAUGGCCACAACGGAGGGCACGCUCGUUGCAUCCACCUCGCGCGGCUGCAAGGCGCUCAACGCCGGCGGCGGCGUCACGACGGUCCUCACGCAGGACGCCAUGACGCGCGGCCCGGCGCUCGACUUUCCCAGCAUCACGGCAGCCGCGCGCGCCAAGCGCUGGGUCGACUCGGCCGAGGGCUCGGCGGUGCUCAAGGCGGCGUUCGACAGCACGUCGCGCUUUGCGCGCCUCUCGUCGCUGCACUCGGUCAUGGCCGGGCGCACGCUGUACGUGCGCUUUGCGACGUCGACGGGCGACGCCAUGGGCAUGAACAUGAUCGGCAAGGGUGUCGAGCACGCGCUGAGCAUCAUGCAGGCCAAGCACUUUCCCGAGAUGGUCAUCCUCUCGCUGUCGGGCAACUACUGCAUCGACAAGAAGCCGGCGGCCGUCAACUGGAUCAUGGGCCGCGGCAAGAGCGUCGUCGCCGAGGCCGUCAUUCCCGGCGACGUCGUCAGCUCCGUGCUCAAGACGACGGUCGCGUCGCUGGUGAAUCUCAACAGCAAGAAGAACCUCGUCGGCAGCGCCAUGGCCGGCUCCAUCGGCGGCUUCAACGCGCACGCCGCCAACAUCCUCACGGCCAUGUUCCUCGCCACGGGCCAGGACCCGGCGCAGAACGUCGAGAGCUCCAUGUGCAUGACGCUCAUGGAGGCCGUCAACGGCGGCAAGGACCUGCUCGUGACGUGCUCCAUGCCCUGCAUCGAGGUCGGCACCGUCGGCGGCGGCACGGCGCUCUCGCCGCAGCGCUCCAUGCUCGCGCUCCUCGGCGUCGCCGGCUCGCACCCGACGACGCCCGGCGCCAAUGCGCAGCGCCUCGCGCGCAUCAUCUGCGCCGCCGUCAUGGCCGCCGAGCUCUCGCUCCUCGGCGCCCUCUCCGCGGGGCACCUCAUCCGCGCGCACAUGGCGCACAACCGCUCCGCGCCGCCGACGCCCGGCGCGCAGACGCCGCGCCUGCAGAUGCCGCAGCCGCACUUUCCCGGCACUAUGACGCCGCUCGUCGCGCCGCCCGUCGAGAGCUCGCGCGGCUCGCCGACGGGCUCGCUGCUGAUGGUGCGGGAUCGGCGGAGCGCCUCGGAGGGCUUCCCGAGGUAGGCGGGGUGGGAGGCGUUGUCUGCGCAAAAUAGAAGCAUUUGCACACCAAGGAGGCGGCAGCGUGGCGACAGCGUGGCCCGGCGAGGCGCAUGGUGAUCCUGGCAGGAAGGCGGCGUUGGCAUGGCGCUCGGGUGCAAGCCAGCGCGGCAGAGGCAACGCUCGGGGCUCCCAGCUUGUACUGGGUGAGCGGCGCUGCCGCGCUCGGUUUCUCUUGCUGCCGCGCCGGGCACACGCUGCCUAUCAGAGCUGGGUUGUCAUGAUGGUGUUGUUGGCGCUCAGGAGCGGCGCAAGUGUUGAGCCGCUGCGUUAAAUAACCUUGAGUCUGGAUUGUUGCCAGC